AUGACGCCCACUCGUCCGAUUGUCAAAGUUGCUGCGAUUCAGGCUGCUCCGGUCUCCUUUGACCUGGAGAAGAGCCUGGAAAAGCUGGGUAAUCUGACGGCGGAAGCCGCAGCGGCUGGCGCCGAUCUCGUGGUGUUCCCCGAAGGGUUCCUGUCUGCAUACCCAUGGAGAUACGCAUUUGAUAGCACAAUUGGUGCACGCGAACCUCGAGGCCGAGAAUGGUUCGCCAAGUACUUCGACUCUGCCGUCGAGGUCCCCUCGCCCGCGUUUGACGUGUUGUCGGAGACGGCUCGGAAGCAUGGCGUGCUUUUGCAAGUUGGAAUUAUCGAGAAAGAGGGUGGCACGCUCUACUGCACUGCGCUACUACUCGACCGGGAGGGCCAAAUUGUGUACAAGCGCCGCAAGCUGAUCCCAACGGCAGCCGAGCGGCUGGUGUGGGGCCGGGGUUAUGGAGAUGGCUUGCAGGUGAAGCAAACAGAUGUUGGUAAAGUUGGGAGUCUGAUCUGCUGGGAGAAUUACAUGCCCGCUGCACGCAUGGCGAUGUACCAACAAGGCAUACAAAUUUACAUCGCACCGCAUGCGGAUGAUUUGCAGACCUGGAUCGCAUCGAUGCAGCACAUUGCCAAAGAGGGACGUUGCUUCGUCGUCUCGGUCAACUCCGUGGUCAAGGUAUCGGAUUUCCCGUCCGACUACCCACCAUUCACGGCCGAACACCCCGACCGGAGACCGGACGGAGGGCAAUGGGAGCCGAAUGACAUUGUCAACCACGGAGGGACCUGCAUCGUCGGGCCGCUUGGGACGAUGCUCGCGGAACCGGUGUGGGACAGGGAGGAAAUCAUCUAUGCCGACUUGAGAAUGGCAGAUAUCACGGAAUCCAGGCUUGACUUUGACCCGGUCGGCAGUUACUCUCGGCCAGACAUCUUUUCGUUGACGGUCAACACCAAGCCCGGCACCAACGUGGCAUUCAGCAGCUGA